ACCUCCCCCCCGGGUGUCCGUCCUGCUGUUGAUUAUGGCAAUUUCCUUGACAUAAUGGCAGAUGUUGGGAAGUGAUUUGUCAUUAAAAUUUCUUACAGCUCGCGCUCCCUCCACAAGCACAUGCCGAUACCUGUCUUAGAGAUGCAGUGAACCAGUGGGGUACAAUGAUUCUCUACAAAAAAGAUAGAUUUCUGGACUUUGAUCAAGACAAAAGGAUGUUCUAAGGCGUCGCUGUCUUGUGCAUGACGGAACAGACGCAUUCCGGCACCAUGAAGGGGAUCUGCGAAGGGGGACAUUUCAACGAGAUUUUUACGGCAAAGUCUUUUAGCUCAUUUGAGUGAACGUGCCAUGGGAAAGCUGCCAGCGAGACAUGCUGUGUUGGGCAUCUUGGUGUCUAUGGUGUUGGGUGCCACCAUUGUCGCGCUCAUCCUCUUAGUCGUCAAGAAUCACACUGUAGAAAGGCCACUAAGCUCUCAGUAUGGGAUUGUGAUCGAUGCUGGCUCCACCCACACCGCCCUGUUCCUGUACAAGUGGCCCGCCGGAAAGGAAAAUAAUACUGCCAUCGUGUCCCAGGUUCAGCUAUGCGACGUGGAUGGUCCUGGUAUUUCCAGCUAUGCCUUGGACCCCCCCGGAGCUGGGCAGAGUCUGGUGAAGUGCCUGAAUGAAUUGCAACGGGUCAUUCCAGCAGGGCAGUGGGAAGCAACGCCCGUGUACUUGGGGGCCACAGCUGGGAUGCGGCUGCUCAAAUUGCAGAACACAACCCAGGCUGAUCAGGUCAUGAAGGAAGUUUCCAAAGCCAUCCAAAGAUAUCCCUUUAAUUUCCGGGGGGCUCGGAUACUCUCUGGCGUGGCGGAGGGGGCCUAUGGCUGGAUCACCAUCAACUACUUACUUGAGGGAUUUGUGAAGUUCUCCUUCCAGGGAAAGUGGCUGCACCCUGUAGGAAACAACAUCCUGGGAGCUUUGGACAUGGGUGGUGCCUCCACCCAAAUCACCUUUGUCCCAGCAGGCCCGGUGCAGGACCCGCAAACGGCGGCGGAUUUCCGCUUGUACGGCUUUAACUACAGAGUUUACACGCACAGUUACCUGUGCUACGGCAAGGAACAGGCUAUGAAGCAGCUUCAGGUGCAGCUCCAUAAGGCAAAUUUUUCUCAGAACAUCUCGCACCCUUGCUACCACACGGGAUUCCAGCUGACUCUGACCUUGGGUGACCUCUACAAUUCGCCCUGCGUCGAAAAACCGAUGCCCUUUGACCCAGCUGCCAAGGUGACCUUCUACGGGAGCAGUGACCCGGAAAAGUGCUCACAGCUUGUCCAGCGUUUAUUCAACUUCAGCGGCUGCUCCUUCUCACCCAGCUGCUCCUUCAAUGGCAUCUACCAGCCGCCUGUCAAUGGAAACUUCUUCGCAUUUUCUGCUUACUUCUACACCUUCAACUUCCUUGGCCUGGCUCCUCAGGCUUCUCUGUCCCGUGUGAACAGCACCAUUGACUCCUUCUGCAGGAGGAACUGGCCUUCGGUGAAGACAGCAUAUCCAUCAGAGAAAGAUAAAUACCUCCAGGAUUACUGUGGCUCAGCUGUAUACAUGAAGGCCCUCCUACUGGAUGGCUUCAACUUCACUCAGAACUGGAACAGCAUUAGCUUCCAGAAGAAGGCAGGAGAUGCCGACAUCGGCUGGACAUUGGGGUACAUGCUAAAUCUCACCAAUCUAAUCACCAGUGAACCACUGGCACCAAUCACUGGCAUACAGCACGGUCAAUGGGCUGCAGGCAUCUUCUUCAUUGUGUUUGCCAUCUUCCUCAGCAUCCUGCUUCUAUUGAUCCUGAGCGUCCACAAAACAGCCAACUGACAAGAAAGAAAGGAUGGAAAACAAAACAUAUGAUUAAUGCAAAAGCACAGUCAAGACAGGGCUAACCAAGACAGGGCUAACUAAGACAGGGCUAACCAAGACAGGGCUAACCAAGACAGGGCUAACCAAGACAGGGCUCUCGUGACCCUGGCAAACUCAAACAAAACUGUGCCUAUUUAAGAUUAAAUUAUACUAAUGUAUUAGUAAACAGGAAUAUUGAUGCAAACUGUACAUUCAUAUAGUGUGGUUGUUAUAGGUGAUGCCAAGCCCUCAUUUGAGGGGGGACACCAUACUUGUAGAUUUUUCUGGAAGUUUUCGCAUAUUUUUCAGUGACCUGUGAAAAUUUAUUAAAACAAAUGUUGAUAUUAUUGUAUUUUAUGUAUGUGAUAUAUAAAUGUCUGUAUAAAUGUGUAUACAUAAAUAUACAUGCAAAUGGUAGCUCCUCGGCUUCUUAGAUGUACAGAUCAUUGCACAUUUUUUUUUUUAAGUGUAAUUUUUUCUAAACAAACUCAGGAAAGAACCGGCUGCAGGAACAGGAAAAAGGGAAAAGGGCCGCCUUCCUUUGGGGUGUCUUCCUCCGGGAAAACCUCCAUUUUCAGGCUUCCUAUGACAUGCCAUCUGAGAAUAUAUGGACUGUCUGAUUCAGAUUUAUGGAUGCUGUGGUACAAGUCUGAACUAGAAUUAAUGACAGGGCUGAAAUCUGUGAUGUGUGUAACCUUGACUGUGUAUUUUACUCUAGAAAUAUCUUUGCUAGCAGCACAGUAACACUCACAUUAGUGCCUCGGCCUCAUGAAUGAUGGAUUUUGUAUGGAUCCUUGUUAAAGUCUGUCAAAGCCUAUUCUUUCUCCUUAUCUCCUUAUGUAAGGGAUAGGGUUUGGGUUCAAUUUAGCAAUUUUUGUGAAAACCUAGAAAAUGCCUGGUGCAUCAGAGUGAUCAGUCCAGGCAUGCCUUUGACUGAUGGUGAGUGAAUGAAUUCUGUCAACAUCAUCUUUAUAUGUUUGUGAAUACCUGAAAUUCAGAAAAGCAAAACUCUUUCUAUUAGGAUACAUUUAUUUUUGUUAUCUAUUAUAAGUUAUACAAAUUUAAAUAAAGAUUUUAUUAACGUAAA